CUCCAGAAAACUUGGGCUUCUGUCACGCCGGAGCAGAACAGACAUUCUUGAACCAAGAUUGUGCCGGAAUCAGCGCAGAUAUUGCUCAAUCUGCGGUGGGAUAAGCUGCUGCUACAAUGUCAAAACACUGGGAACAAAACAAAGAUGCCACCGUCUAUGUGGGCAACAUCGACGAGCGCUUCACCCAGGAGCUGCUCUCGGAGCUUAUGACCCAGGUCGGCCCCGUGCGCCAGGUCCACAUGCCCCAAGACCGCGUCUCGCAAACCCACCAGGGCUACGGCUUCGUCGAGUUCGACACGCCCGCCUCGGCCGAGUACGCCUCCAAGGUGCUCAACGGUAUCCGCAUCUGGGGCAAGCCUAUUCGCGUCAACAAGGCGAGCGCCGACAAGCAGAAGACGGUCGAUAUUGGCGCCGAGCUGUUCAUCAACAACCUUGACCCCCUGGUUGACGAGAAGAUUCUGUUUGACACCUUCAGCCAGUUCGGCCAGAUUCUGCGCCAGCCCAACAUCGUCCGCGACGACAACAACAUUUCCAAGGGUUACGGCUUCGUCAGCUUCGACUCAUUUGAGGCCAGCGACGCCGCCAUCUCUACCAUGAACGGCCAAUACCUGCUGAGCAAGGCCAUCACCGUUGAGUACGCCUACAAGAAGGACGGCAAGGGCGAGCGCCACGGCGACGAGGCCGAGCGCAAGCUGGCCGCCGAGGGCAAGAAGCACAACAUCGUUCCGGAGCAGCAAACCCUCCCCCCAGCCUUCCACAUGACGGCCCCACUCGCAUCCGCGUCCGCAACCCCUACCGGCCCAGCCGCAGCGACAGUGGUGCCUCCCGUUAUCGACGGCUCCGCAGCCAUUCCGCCAGCCGUCAUUCCGCCAGUCGCCCCCGUCGGCGCAGCCAUACCCCCAACAGCCCCCUAUGGCGCCAUCCCUCCUCUAGGCCCAGCCGGUAUGAGCGGACGCCCGGGGCCACCGCCCCCGUCCUUCCCCGGCGGCGCCGCCGGCCGACCACCCCUGGGCCCCAUGGGCCUGCCACCCGCACCAUCAGGCCUUCCCGCACGCCCCCCGCCAAGCCACGCCGGCUUCGGCGGUCCCGUCGGGGGUUUCCCUCACCACCCGCCCGCAGGGUUCCCUGCAGGUCCUCCGGUCCCUCCCGCUGCCGGCCAGCCGCCCAUGUACCCCGGCAUCCCGCCGCCGCCGGGCGGGUUUGCUGUAGGUGGCGUCCCACCUCCGGGCGCCCUGAUGCCGCCGCCGGGCUUCAUACAGCCGCCGGGAGGUGUGCCGCCAGGGUUCGUGGCGCCGCCACCGCCAGGGUUUGCAAGGCGUUAGGCCCGUUCGGGUACGGGGAAGCAAAGCAAGAAGGAACCCGCGGCAGCGUGGUUAAAAACAUGUGUACGAGCGCGAGCACACGAGGGCAAAAUGGCAGCCAUCAGCACACAGCGCUCAAUCAGUUACAGCCUGCCAGACUUUAGAGUGGUAAGGACAUGGUGGACGAACCGACGGUUUGCGGCAACGUUAAAGAAUUGAGGGGUGAAAAGCACUGACGCCACGCCUGCUUAUCAAUCGAGCCAAGGAAGUUUCAACAAAGGGUCGGAAUGGACACCGAACCUUCAGCGAUGUGCCCAUGAGCAAAAGGUUUAGCGAUCGACUCUUUACCACACUCACCUAUCGGCCAUGGGAGCUGACGCAUAGUGCAGAAAAGGCAGAAGCAGCUGCCUCUACCAUUUAGUCCGCCGGAUGAUGAUGUUGAGCAUUCGAUGGCGAGUGUUGUGCUCUUUGGCAUGAAAACAGCGACUGAUAAGUUUGUGUUAUACGGC